AGCUGUGCUAGUUUCCCGAAUGCUGUGCAUCGUGUAAGAUGUGUUCUUAAAUAUUUUUGAAAAUUUAAUUUUUGUAUUAUUGUACAAUUAACGUUGUGAAAUCGGAAAUUGUUUACGCGUAUAAGUGUAAACGGAAAACGUGUCAGUGAAUCGACAAAACGCUGAACACGAUCAAAUAUUGUAAUCAAAAUUGAAAAAAAAAAAUUACUGCUGUAUUCGGCAGAUUUUACCAGAAGAAACGGGAAUUUAAUUAAACGAACUGAUUCAUCCAGAAAAGGACAUUGCCUCAGUGGUGCAUCGUAGCAAACAAAAUGUCUGUGGUUCAGAUUGGAAAGUGGCAGUACAGCCAAAUUCAGAUUAACGGCCAACGUAUCACAACCAACGAGACAUUUAAAAAUUGCUUGAAAGGAUUGCGAGAUCCAGCAGAGGUGUUCAUCAGACGAAUUCCAUACACCAUGUACGAGGACAAUCUCAUUCCGCUAUUCGAAACCAUUGGAAUUGUGUUGCAAUUUCGAUUGAUGAUGAACUACUCCGGACGGAACCGUGGAUUCGGCUACAUUAUAUACUUGAACCAAAAUGACGGAUACAGAGCUAUCACAUUUUUGAACAACAUUCUGGUGUCGUCUUGGUGUCGAUUGCAGCUCUCCAUCAGCAGAAAUCUGCGACGUCUGUGGCUGGAUAAUGUGAGUGGCGAAAUGGACGUGAACACAGUCAUCAGUUUGAUCUUGGAAAAAAUUGAUCCAAUGGAGAUAUCCAUUUGCCAUCACAAGGGCGGUAUUCGAUUCUUGUUGGACUUUGAAACGCAUCGCGAAGCUGCUUUAUCACGGAAACAACUGCUGCGUGAGGUGUGGGAUUUUGGACCGUUAGCCAGAACUAAUUGGGACAUCGGUCGUGAGGUUCUUUCACGAGGCUAAGCCGUUUUUCUUUUCUUUUUCGACAUUUUGUAUCUAGUUACAUUUUAAUUUCUAUUUUUUUUCUAUUUUUCUUAACGUAAGGUUAUGUAUCCUUGAUCAACUCUCACUAUGUGUUGUAAAACGUUUCGUAUAUUUGAUUUAAAAAAAAAAAAUCAGUUUGAUAUCUUAAAAUAAAAGAAAACUUUUAAGG